AUGUCUAGUUACGUUGGUGUUCUCGUCUCUGAUUCAUGGUUGCAAAGCCAAUUUACACAAGUGGAGUUACGAACCCUGAAAUCGAAGUUUAAUUCAAAUAAAACACUGUUGGAUCGUUUCACAAUCGGCGAUUUACCACCGGUUUUCGCAAAGCUGAAUGCUUUUAGCGGCACUUUCGACGAGGGUGAGAUCAAAUCUGUAUUGGACAAGUCUUAUUCCAAUACUGAUGAUGAAGUCGAUUUCGAGACCUUUCUCCGAGCCUAUUUAAGUGUUCAAGCUCGAGGAGUGGAGAAAUCAGGAGGAACAAAAGGUUCCUCUUCGUUCCUCAAAACUAGCACUACGACUGUUCAUCAUGCUAUCAAUGAAUCCGAGAAGGCUUCCUAUGUUUCGCAUAUUAAUAGUUACUUGAGAGAUGAUCCUUUCUUGAAGAGCUAUCUUCCUAUCGAUCCCGCUACAAAUGCUUUCUUUGAUCUUGUUAAAGAUGGUGUUCUUUUGUGUAAGCUUAUAAAUAUUGCUGUUCCUGGGACCAUCGACGAACGAGCUAUCAACACAAAGAAAAUGCUUAACCCAUGGGAGAGGAAUGAGAAUCUUACUCUUGGUCUCAAUUCUGCCAAAGCAAUUGGGUGCACAGUGGUUAACAUUGGAACUCAGGACAUAGCUGAAGGAAGACCAUAUCUCGUCCUUGGGUUGAUAUCUCAGAUUAUAAAGAUCCAAAUGCUGGCGGAUCUCAAUUUUAAGAAAACUCCAUCACUUUUCCAAUUGGUAGACGACACUCAGGAUGCGGAGGAGCUCAUGGGAUUGGCUCCUGAAAAAGUUUUGCUUAAAUGGAUGAAUUUCCAUCUGAAGAAAGCUGGUUAUGAGAAGCAGGUUACAAAUUUUUCUUCUGAUGUGAAGGACGGUGAGGCAUAUGCAUAUCUGCUUAAUGCUCUUGCUCCCGAACACAGUACACAUCUGGCAUUAGAAACCAAAGACCCCACAGAAAGAGCCAAAAAGGUUCUUGAGCAGGCUGAGAAGUUGGACUGUAAAAGAUACCUUUCUCCUAAAGAUAUAGUGGACGGCUCAGCAAAUCUUAACCUUGCAUUUGUGGCGCAAAUAUUCCAGCACAGGAAUGGAUUGACUGAUGACAAUUCAAAGUCGACGUCAUUUGCUGAGAUGAUGACAGAUGAUGUGGAAACUUCACGAGAAGAAAGAUGUUUCCGUCUCUGGAUUAACAGUCUUGGCACUGCCACCUAUGUCAACAACGUUUUUGAGGAUCUUAGGAAUGGGUGGGUUCUUCUUGAAGUUCUCGACAAAGUUUCACCUGGCUCAGUCAACUGGAAACACGCAAAUAAACCUCCCAUCAAAAUGCCAUUCAAAAAGGUUGAGAACUGCAAUGAAGUUGUAAAGAUUGGCAAAGAUCUUCGCUUCUCCCUUGUCAAUGUGGCUGGAAAUGACAUUGUGCAAGGAAACAAGAAACUCCUUCUCGCUUUUCUGUGGCAGCUAAUGAGAUAUACAAUGCUCCAACUUCUGAAGAACUUGAGAACUCACUCUCAAGGUAAAGAAAUUACAGAUGCAGAUAUUCUAAACUGGGCGAAUAGGAAGGUGAAGAAAGUGGGACGAACUUCUCAGGCUGAUAGCUUCAGAGACAAGAAUCUGUCAACUGGAAUCUUUUUCCUAGAACUUCUGACUGCGGUCGAGCCAAGAGUUGUCAACUGGAGCCUCGUUACCAGUGGAGAAAACGAGGAAGACAAGAAGUUGAACGCUACAUACAUCAUCAGUGUUGCAAGGAAGCUCGGUUGCUCCAUAUUUUUGUUGCCUGAGGAUAUCAUAGAGGUGAACCAGAAGAUGAUGCUUAUUUUGGCGGCCAGCAUCAUGUACUGGAGUCUCCAGCAACAAUCAGACACAGAGUCUAAUGUCUCAGAAGAUGCCGGAGAUGAAGGCGAUGCAAACUCUGUUGCUGGCGACAUUGCGAGUUUGUCUCUUGAUGAGGCUUCUGAGUCCUCACCGAGUGCCUCACCGAGUGCUCAAGAUCAAGAGUUGGUGUCCAAGGCCGACGAGGAUGAGGUCGAUGGCGAGAAUAAUAAAGAUGCAUAA